UCUUUACCCAAAACUCGUAGAACUUCCCUAAAGUAAGUAGCCAACUGAACACGCUGAAGGCAUGGCGAGCCAAGCUCUCACUUCCUUCCAGCUCAUGGCUACCCUCUUGGUGGCGUUCCUUGCCACAUGCCACGCCGGCAGCAUCGCGGUCUACUGGGGCCAGAACGACGGCGAGGCGUCCCUGUCCGAGACGUGCUCGUCCGGCAACUACCAGUUCGUCAUCCUCGCGUUCGUGUACAAGUUCGGCAAGGGCCAGACGCCGCAAUUGGACCUUGCCAGCCACUGCGACCCCUCGUCAGGCGGCUGCACUGGGUUGAGCGAGGACAUACGUUCGUGUCAGCGCGCCGGCGUCAAGGUCCUGCUCUCCAUCGGCGGCGGCGACGGAAGCUACGGCCUGACCUCCCAGGGGGACGCGCGGGACGUGGCCGCGUACCUCUGGAACAACUACCUCGGCGGCACGUCGUCGUCGCGCCCCCUCGGCGACGCCGUCCUCGACGGCAUCGAUUUCGACAUCGAGCUCGGCGGCGCCAAGUACUGGGGCAACCUCGCCAGGGACCUGAAGAACAUGGGCAAGAACCAGGGCGGCAAGGGGGUUCUCCUGAGCGCGGCGCCGCAGUGCCCGUUCCCGGACGAGUGGGACAACGGCGCCAUCAGCACGGGGCUCUUCGACUUCGUGUGGGUUCAGUUCUACAACAACCCGCCGUGCCAGGUGAGCGCCGGCCGCGGCGCGUUCCUGGACGCGUGGAAACAGUGGGAAUCGGUGCCGGCAGGGAAGAUCUUCCUUGGCCUGCCCGCCUCCAAGGACGCGGCCGGCACCGGGUUCGUGCCCGCCGGCGAGCUCAACUCGAACGUGCUCCCGCUCAUUAGGGGCUCGCCCAAGUACGGCGGCGUCAUGCUCUGGUCCAAGUACUACGACGACCGCACGGGCUACAGCUCGGACAUCAAGAACCAUGUGUGAUACUUGCCUGCUCGUGUUCGUGUCUAGACCUGUAGUAGAGUGAUUUACUGUACUCUGUUUGUGUUGGCUCGUGUUCCCUGUACAUUCCUUUGUUACUUUGUAGUAUCACACGACUGAAUAAAAUGGAGAUACCUUAUUACCUUUUCUUUGUCAAAAAUCGAAUUUGUUGGUGAGGCUGUAAGCCGAAAUUGGAGCUCCUUUCCAUUUGUUCGCCUGACCCCGCGUCCCUCUCCUGGGUGACUCGGGGGCCACCCGAGCCUCGCCGCCGAGCCCCCUCAAACCCUAGCCGGGGGGCUGCCGCCACCGCCGGCAGCGACGGUGGCGGCGCCGAAGCCGGUGUCCGCGUGCUCCCCACUUUCUUCCCUCUUCUUCUUCCCUCCCUCUCUCACCGUACCCAACCCUGGUCGCUUGGUCGUUUUUGCCGCUGGCGUGCGUCGCUGCCGGGUCCGGCGUCACCGGAUCCGCCUGCCACCGGCGCGGAUCUGCCCUCCCCGGGUCACCUUGCGCCCGUCGCCGGCCGCCGGCUGUCUUCCACCAGCAGGCUCGGGUGUCGCUGGAUCCACCAUCCCUGGGCUCAGAUCCGCGCAAACCGGGCUAGGAGGGCCUGCUUCUACCGUCGAUCAUCGUCCUCCUUGGUCACCGGGGCAGCCUUAGGGGCCGCCGCCGCCGGUUGCCGGCACCGGUGAAUGGAUCCGCCUCCCUGCGACUCGGAUUCGUGCCUCCUAGCCUGGGCCCCCGACGCGACGGCUCCCCCUCGCCUGGCGCCACCGCCAUGUCGUCCUAGGGGCUUGGGCUGUGGCCUCCUGGCGGGGCGCCAUGGCGUCUCGUCUCGGUGCGGGACGGGACAGGGCAGCCUGCGCCUCGCCGAGGGUUCGCUCGUUUGGCUGCCGCCUCCCGCCGCGUGCCACCGAAGUCGGAGGAGCAGCAGAAGACGCCCAUGCUGCCAGGGGAGGAGCCCUUCCCCACCUCUCCCCCUUCCCUACUGGCCCCCACCGAGGUAGUUGUCGUGCCCCCACCCGCUGUUGCCGGCCGCCAGAUCCUCAUGCCACCAGUCGCCAGUCAAGACUCGGGAGUUGUCGCAGCCGCUGCCUUGUUGCGCUGCCAGUGUUGCGCUGCCCGUGUUUGUGGUGGAUGCCCUUGAGUCCUCCUUAAUGUUUGGUGGCGGCUCUGAAGGGUUGGCGGCGUGCUCGGGGGAUAGGGGCAAGGUGAAAGCCUCUGCUUGCAAGCAAGCAGAUGACGGCGACGCCCUCAGACGUCGUUUACCUCCUUGGAGGCGUCAUUUUUUUUCCUCCCCCCUCUUGCACCUGCGAGCUUCCAGGGGUAAACUCUAACCGUGUAGGUCGAGCGACGGCGGUGAUAGUGGCGUCGUAUUCCUCCAUGGAGGCGUCGUUUUGGAAGUUCACGCCACUUUGCAGUUGUCGUGGUGGUGGUCGUCGUCAACUCUCCACGGGGACAUUUUUUCUUUUGUGCCUGCCUUCGUUUUGAAUUGUCCAUCGUCGCCUUGGUUGCCUGGAUUGCUAUCUUCUAGCGGAUGCCGCCAUUGUCGUGCUGUUGGUGGUUCCUCUAGGUGGAUGCUGCUCAGGUUGUGGUCGUUGGGUGGAUGCUUUGCCACCAUUUUUGGUUGAGGUGGAUGCUUUGCCACCAUGUGCUUGGGUGGAUGCUUUGCCACCAUUUUUGGUUGAGGUGGAUGCUUUGCUACCAUGUGCUUGGGUGGAUGCUUUGCCACCAUGAUGCUACAUGGGUGGAUGCUUCGCCACCACUGGUUGGUCCGGGCGGAUGCUUUGCCGCUGUUCAACUACUCUGGCGGAUGCUUUGCUGCCAUGCUCGUGCUGUUCGGUGGAGGUUUUUGCCAACAUUUCGUACUUCAAGCUUGCUCUCCCUAGACAUCUAUGGUGACGGUGUAUCCCUUUUACAGGUUCAGCUCUUCGGGUAGCCUUGUUAGGGUGGCAGGGUUGGGGGUGUCCUCCCCCUUCAUGCUUCUUCUGCUAUCAGUUUGUUGUGGUUGCUGCUUCAGCCGCUUGCCGGCUGUGAGUUUGGUUGUCUUUUCUUCAAUGUUUCUUUAUUUUUAAUCCUUUGUGCUCUUGUGUUGGUCAAGUCUUGUUUAGCUGCAUCUGUAAUAUGCUUUGUUCUUAAUGAAAUACGUGCUAAGGUACGGUUACAAAAAAAAACCUUUUCUUUGCAAUUUUUUCCCUAUGCAUCUGAUCAUGGACCAUACAGCUUUUUUAUAGAUGCUCUACGCUUGAUAUAAUAUGGCAUACAAUUACACAAAACUUCUGAGCAGAAACAUUAGCGAAUUGGCACCUGCUCUUCUGAAAACUUCAGUAGCGACACAAGCUAAUGCAUGUUCUUUGCUCCCGACUCCAAAGCACUUGUGCUGUCCGACCUCUCUUGUUUGCGCCA